AUGAAUAAUAUUAGUGAAGACAUUGAAUUGUCAAAAGAGGAUAUUGAAUUUUUUAAAGAGCAUGAACAAUUUAUCGGGUUUUUGACUAAAUCAGAGGAUUCUGAUACGGAACAAAUUUAUGAAAAAACCCCUCGAUCAAAUAAAUCUUGGAUACCUAAAGAACCCACAAAACUUCCCAUUAAACUUCCUGAUGGUAAAAUAAAACAUCAAGAAACUAAUAAUGACUCGAAUAAUGAAAAUGAAGAAAAAGACGAAAUUUCUUCCUUAGAUAGUGAUAAUUAUGAUGAGAAUCUACAAGAUGACAUGAAAAUUGAUAAAUCAGAUGAGAAUUAUGUUGCAUCAAGCAAUAAUGAUAUUAUUCAAAAAAAAGAGGAGUUAGCCAUUAUAGCUCAAACGAUUACUGAAGAUCCAGAAAAUAAUAUCGGGCAACUUAAAAUUUUGAGAGAGAUCGCAACGAAUAAUAAUCUAACAAUCAAGAAGCUGGCAUUAUUGACUCAGCUUGUAGUAUAUAAAGACAUCAUUCCCGGUUAUCGGAUACGACAAUUGACUGAUAAAGAAAAGGCUACAAAGGUAUCAGAAGAAGUCAAAAAAUUACGACAUUUUGAACAAAGUCUUGUAUCUAAUUAUCAAGCUUAUUUAAAAUCUCUGGAAACCGAAUUGAAAGAACACGCUAUCGCAGAGACAGCAUUAAAAUGUAUGUGUGAUCUCUUGAUGUCGGUCACACAUUUUAAUUUUCGAUCGAAUUUGAUGAUGACUAUUGUGAGCAGGACGAGUACUGUCGAAUUCACUAAGAUGUCUGCGAUGUGUUGUGAGGCAAUAAUUGAAGUCUUUAAAAAUGAUGAGUCCGGCGAAGCAAGUUUAGAUGCAAUUAAAUUAAUAACUAAGAUGAUUAAAUCCAAAGGUUAUGUUGUGCAUGAAGAGAUUUUGAAUACUUUUUUGCAUCUCCGAUUAAAAGAAGAACUAAGUAUUAAAGCAUCAAAUAAUGAGAGUUCCAUCAAUAAUCAAGCCAAAGGUAAAAAGAGAAAAUAUGAUAAACAAAAACCAAAAAAGCAUUUGUCAAAAAAAUUGAAGAAAUUGGAUAAAAAGAGAAAAGAAGUUGUAAAGGAAAUGAAAGAGGCUAAUGCUGUUGUGGAUAAAGAGGAAAGAGAAAAAAGGCACACAGAAACAUUGAAAUUGGUCUUUAUUACUUAUUUUCGAAUAUUAAAACAUGCCAAUUCGUCCCCGCUCUUAAUUUCUGCCUUGGAAGGACUAGUAAAGUUAUUUGCGCAUCUUAUCAAUGUUGAGUUUUUUAAUGAUUUACUAGAAUUACUCAAAAAGAUAAUGAUUACUCCACAAACUGAAGACGAUAACGGCAAUUCUAGUAGGAGAGUAGAUACACGGAUAAGUUUAUUAUGCAUAAUAACUGCAUUUCAGCUACUUUCUGGUGAAGCACUUAAUAUCGAUCUAAAAGAUUUCUAUACACAAAUGUAUAAAAUAUUAAUGCCGCUUGCACUAAAUCCAUACAUGGAACUAAAUGAAAAUAUAAGAAAGCGAAGGACAAUAGCGGAUAACAAUAAAGAUGAAAUUAGAUAUAGUAAUAAUAUAAGUGUGUCAUCAGAACAACAACUAUUGAUGGAAGGAUUUGAUUACAUGUUUUUUAAGAAAAGAACGAUUCCCAUUGAAAGAUCUGCAGCAUUUUUGAAACGACUUUCAAUUUCGUGCUUAAACUGGCCGAGUAAAACCGUGUUAAUAUGCUUAGAAAAAAUGCAAAAAAUGAUUCAGAAACAAUCACGAUUAGAUGCACUAUUAAUAUCGGACGAUAGAAUCUGCAAUGGAGUAUAUCGCGCAGACUUGGACGAUCCUGAACUAUGCAAUCCACUGACAACCAAUUUGUGGGAGUUGAGUUUAUUAGAGAGCCAUUAUGAUCCAAAAGUACGUGCUAUGGCAACAUCAUUAGCAACUUUUGUGCCGAAUGGUGAAAGACCCUUGUGA